AGGGAGACAAAGGGUAGCUGAGCCUAUGAUUUUAUUUUACCCCUAUCCUAUUCAAUAUUCAUAGCUAGCGUGUGUCCCUUCUCUUCUCUUCUCCCAUUAUCAUUUAUAAGCUGGUUAGGAUUAGGGCUUAGGAUUCAGAUCUCAAAUGCAAGCUGGAAUAUUAAAGAGUUUAAUGAGAGAGACAAAAGACCAUCUUGUGCUAAACUCCAAACAAAACCAAUAUACAAUUCCAGAGUGGUCCUGUCCCCUUUGAUGCGUGUACCACUCUAAUCUUCCAUGAGGCUCCUUCUUUGCAAUGAUCCCUUUUAUUCUACUUUGUCUUCUUCUUCUUCUUCAAUUCUUUGUGUAGUAUUUGUUUACUCGAGUAAAAGGGUCACUAAAAUACAUAUUUGACAAGCUCAAACUCUCAGACCCAAAGACCUGGCCAAAGCCUUGUGCUUUGACACUUUCUUACUCUCACUUUCAUCUUCACUCCCUAGGAAACCAAAACCAUCCUCAACUCUCUUUUUAUUUCUACAUAUAUCUUAGGUGUUGGUCCUCUAAGAAGCAAGAUGGUGAAUGAAAACCAACACCAUCAGUUAUACUAUCAAAAGAGCACAUUCCUUCCAAUGCUUUGUUCACGGCCUUCGAUCAAAGAAGUGACUCUUCCACGGCUGAGAGACCAAUCUAGUUCCUCUGGCAACGACCCUUUGUCCCCAAGAAUCAGUUGCAUGGGUCAGGUGAAGAGAAACAACAAGAUAGCCACCUCACACAGACUCACUUUCACAACCAAAACUAACACAAACACUACUUCUUCCCCACUUGUCAAAUACAAAUACUCCAAGCUCAAGAAACUCUUCUCUGGCAAAAACUUCAUCAUUACCACCCCCAAUACAACCACUUCCACCACCACAAUCUCAACCUGUGGAUCAAGAAAACCAGUGGCCAAACACCAAAGAAAUGAGAAUAGUAACAAUGUUGUUUGCAUAAGCAUUGAGGAAAUGGAUCCUCCUUUGCCAGUGGUCAAAAAAUUGGAAGAUGCAAAGGAGGUGGAUAGUCUCUGGAAAAGAAGAUCAGGUACAGCAAGGCCUGCACUAAAAAAUUUGCAGCUUCAUCAGAUUCAUCACCCAAGGAUUUCUCUUCAGCCUCCAACUGUUUGAAGCAACAGAUCCACAUUUUUUUUAAUUAUUUUUUAACCAGAUUGUUACGUUGCGUACAUCAGAUAGAUACAAUGUAAAGGGUUCCCUUUUUUUCUUUA